AUGAAAUUGGUUGAUAUUUUAUUCGUACUGAGCGCGGCAGCAACCACUAAUGCAAUAUUGAUACCGACUGGUAACGAUGGUUCACUCCAAGCAUCAGGCACUUUCAGUCAAGUGUCUGGUCCAACAAAUGAGCCUAUUCCACAAAUUCCCGACGAUGACUGGCAAGAAAUAAUGGAUAUGAUUCAUUCAAAAAACCCCAAUCAAGACCAACAACAACCAAUUGAUGUAGUUGAUCCAAACAUUUUCAGUCAAGUGUCUGGUUCAACCAAUGAGCCUAUUCCACAAAUUCCCGAAGAUGACUGGCAAGAAAUAAUGGAUAUGAUUCAUUCAAAAAACCCCAACCAAGACCAGCAACAAUCAAUUGAUGUAGUUGAUCCAAGCACUUCCAGACGAGGUCGAAAACGACCAAUUGAUGAACUGGGUCCAAGCACUUCCAAACAAGUUUGGAAAAAUGUAAUCGAUAAACCCGAUCCAGGCAUUCCGGAAGACUGGCGAGAGUUGAUUGAUGAGGUCAAUUCAAAUAUUGAUAACCAAGACCAGCAACAACCAACUGAUCAACCCAGUCCGAACACUUCCAGUCAAAACCAGCAACAGCCAAUAGACGAGGAUGAGUCUGCCAAUACUGUUACAAAUCAAAUAGCUGUAUUACGCCAAAGAUAUCAGAGAACCCUUGAUCGUAUAAGACAAAAACUUGUAGUGUCUAAAAUAAUACAAGACAAAAAACACAAAGAGUAUUAUGACUAUGAAAGCCUUGGAUGGGAACACCGGUCAGCGUUAGAAAUGGGCAAAGAUGUAUCUGAAUCAACGUACGAUCCAAAGGUUGAAAAGCGAUUGAAACAAGAGUAUAGAGAGAUUUGGAUUGAUGAUGAUUUUGAUUUUGAAUAA